AUGUGUUAUUUUUGUAUUGAAUUACUUUCUUUACCAACUUUACCAGUUGAUAAAUUAAAUGAAGAACAUUCUCAUUAUCAUCUUGCUAUAAAUAUUCUUGAAUCAAUUCAUAGGUCAACUAAUAAUCGUCCAUCAUUUAUUAUAAAAUCUUAUUUAAAUACAAUAAAAUAUCUUCAAUUUUUCAUAUAUGCAUAAAGAACAAUUAGAAAUUAUUCUCGAUUGAAUUAUUCAACUUCGACAAGUUUGUCGAUUUUCUUAAUUAUUUCUUUUCGAUAAAAUCUAUUUGUCUGUUUUU